GCAUUCCAGUAUCUCUCAAAGGCGUACAAGUGUGACAUACAGUCCGGUUGUUGGGAGAAAGAUAUUACAUCAUUUAAGGAAGUUGUUCAAAGAGCCCUAGGACUUGCACAUGUGGCUAUAAAAUGCAGUAAAAACAAGUCCAGUCCCCAAGAAGCUGUGCAAGUUCUUUCUUCAGUUCGACUCAAUUUACGAGGCUUGUUAUCGAAAGCAAAGCAACUUUUUACAGAUGUGGCAAGUGGAGACAUUUCCAGGGAGUUAGCUGAUGAAAUAGCAGCUAUGGACGCCUUAGUAAUGGAGCUCCAAGACCUAAGCAACCGAUUUCGAAAUCAGUAUUGACUGUGUUGGGAGAAGUUUCUGGAAAAGGUGCUUUUACCUUCUGGAAUUUCUCUUCUACCUGAAUAUCUGAAAUAUGAGAUAUUGAUUUCUUAAAAUAAAUUUCUGUUUUAUGGCUAACCUUCUUGUUUUUGUGAUAUUAUCAAAUGCUUGUGCUUUUUGAAGUAUAUUAAAUAAAAAGUUCCCUAUUUCUUUAGGCUUAGUUA